AUGUAUCUGGCCGAUGUGCUGAUUAAAUGCCGUCCGGCUAAACAUCAAAUCCAUUUCGUAUGCGUCUCAUCGGCUUUAUUCAAGCUUUGCGGUGCCUCUUGGCCACGUUGGCGUGUGCCCAAGGAAGCGAACGAAUGGGUCGAGGCGUUUCGUCCACGGAUGAGAUCUGGCUGGAGAGCGUAUGCGCUCAGCAAAUUCGCCAUCACACUGUUGGCAUCGCGUCUGAAUCGUGUCGACGGUGUCACGGCAGUGGCCGUGAACCCCGGGAACGCUGUCACCAACGUCUCUCGGAACAUGCCUGAUCGCCAUCGACGGAUGCUCACAGUGUUCAAGAAGACGCUGAUCAGUGUGGAAGAAGCGCUCAACGUGCUGGCGACGGCCCAUCUUACCGCAGGCAAAUUUUACGAUCAGGAUAAAAGUCGUCUCUGCAAAGCGUAA